CGACUAAAUUUCGUAGUCGUUGCUAGCCAUCAGUACGAGUUACCAAAAAACAAUUUACCUUGUCCCAACAGUUCAGACAUAGAAAUGGUUCUGAAAUUCUGUGCCAACUUGUCGUUGAUGUUUACAGAAAAGACAGACAAUUUGCUGGAGAGGUAUCAACUAGCUUCGCAAGCCGGUUUCAAAGCUGUUGAGUGCACUUUCCCAUACCAAUAUGCCGUCGAAGAUGUAGUCAAGGCGAAAUCGGCUGCUAACGUGGACCAGAUUCUAAUCAACGCCUAUCCCGGUGACACAGAACUUGGCGAAUUGGGGCUUGCCAUCAUGUCUGGAAGGCAGAACGAGUUCAGAGAAAGUCUCGACAAAUCCAUAGAAUACGCAACCGCAUUAAAUUGCAACAAAAUCCAUAUUAUGGCCGGAAAGAAGUUCGCCGGCAUUGUGGAUACGGCAAUGGACGAUGUUUACAGAGACAAUUUAGAGUAUGCCGCGAGAACUUUUCAGGAAAGAGGUCUGGUUGGUCUAAUUGAACCAAUUUCUGAUGCGGUUAUUCCCAACUACUUCAUGAAUUCCUUCAGUAAAGCUUUCCAAUUGGUCAGAGAAAUCAACAGCGAUUCGCUGAAACUUCAGUUAGACAUUUUUCACUUACAAUUGCUCGAAGGCAACUUGACCAACCGGAUCAAGGAACUACUACCGUACACUGCCCAUAUUCAAAUUGCACAAGCACCACAUCGUGAUUCUCCAGAUAGCGAAGGAGAGGUCAAUUACCGCUAUAUUUUGAAAUUGUUGGAAGAUCUUGGUUAUGAUGGCUACAUUGGACUGGAAUACAAACCUACGAAAGCCAGCUCCGACAGCAUUGGAUGGAUACGUGAGUGGGGAUACUCGAUGUGAUAAUUCAGCAAUGAGUCGUGAUUCAUGACCAUUUAGAAUUUAUAGGGGGUUUUUACAUGUUUUUUCGAGAAUUAAAAAUUAUACGGAAAGGUUUAUAAUUA